AUGCCAACACAGGAAAGCAAGUACAACCAGACAAGUAGAGUAAGGGACGAUAAUUACAACAUGGCAGUCUGCGAACGACGCGCUUCGUUUUCGUUUCCAUCGGUAGUUUUCUACCUCUACGCUGUUUUGACUACGCUGAUAUUUUCUAUUUACAUGGCUUGCCAAGCAGCCUGGGGGAAAAAGCAGUCUUUCAUACCACAAUUGCAUUAUAAGGAUUCUACCUUAACGAAACACUUGUUGAAUAAAUGUACUCGUUUGACCCGGCCAUACAGGCCAACUUUCUGGGCUAGCAACUGUCAUUUACAGACGAUGCUAAACAUGGUGUGGCCACAACCAGAGGUUUUAUUUCGACGGGUGUAUUUUCAGUUAAAAGACGACGGAAUCGUAGCAUUGGACUGGGUGGUGGCCAACCCAAUCAGGAGAGUACACGAUCGAACGCCGGUAGCCAUCAUCAUCGCGGGACUGACAGGCGAUGCAAACAGUGUGGCGGACAUAUGUAAGGAGGCGACCAAACACGGACUACGGGCGGUAGUGUUCAAUAAACGGGGGCACGGCGGAUCAGCGUUGACGACGCCAAAGUUGCAAAGUUUUGGGGACACCUCCGAUUUAAGGCAAGUUGUUAAAUAUAUAAGAGACCUGUACAAACACGCCAGGGUGACAGCAAUCGGUGUGAGCGCAGGAUCGGGACUUCUGGUAUCCUAUUUGGGAGAGUACGGUUCAUCGACGUAUAUUUCGGCUGCGGUGUGCAUAUCGCCUGGGUACUCCGCGCAAGAUAUGAUCGAAAAUAAUACAAUACGACGUCCCUAUGAUUGGAUUUUGUUACAGCAAAUGAAAUGUCUACUCGCAAAACAUGCCGUUGCACUGGCAAAUAUCAUCGAUGUUGACCGAGCGUUUAGAAGUCGGACCCUGUCGGAAUUUGAUCUCGCUGUGUACUGCAAGUUGUACGGGUACGAAGAACUGGAUAGUUAUUGGGAGAAAAACGACCCCAUGAGAGAGGUUGACGAAGUUGCAAUCCCCAUUCUCUGCAUAAACAGUCUCGACGACCCAGUAUGCUGCAAGGACAACAUACCUUACGAUCUCUUUACGAUGUUGCCAAAUUUCUUGCUAGUCACCACGGAGUACGGAGGACACUGCGGAUUUUUCGAGGGAUGGCAGCCCGAGUCGUGGGCCAAUCGCUUAGCGCUAGAUUAUAUCGACGCAGUGCUCGAAUUCUUAUCUACAGCUCCACAUGGACCAACAGAGAACUCGUGGCGAAGUAGAUCAGUUUGAAAACAUAAAGUCGCCAGGCAGGUGAAAUAUUCAAAUGAGAGAUUAUAAUCAUCUGGAAUACCUGCCGAGUUAAAAUUAGACGCGUUGA